AUGAGGCCAGAGCCAAGGAGAUGGACAGCACCUUGCCAGCAGUAGCAGAAGAGCUUUUGAAAGAGAUCAAAAAGGCUUUUCAGGAGACCUCACACGUCCCUGAUGACCUGCUGCUGGGGCUGAAGUUCAUAUUUGGCCCAUCUGCUGUCCCAGCUUUGGAUUUGGUGGACCAGCGUUCUGUCACGCGAGUCAUGUCCCCCAGCGGAAGGACUGCAUACCAGGUCCUUGGGAGCUCAGGCAAACUCUACACCUGCUACAGUUCCUGCCACUUCUGCACGUGUCCUGCUUUUGGGUUUACUGUAUUGCAGAAGAGCGAGAGCCUGCUGUGCAAACAUAUACUUGCUGUCUACCUCAGUCAGGCCAUGGGAGCCUGCCAGGAACUGACUGUCUCUGAGGAGCAGCUCACAAGCAUCUUACUGGCUGAGGAAGAGGAUGAAGGAUGAAGGAUUUGGAUCACAUCUGGCAUUUUUCAUAUCUACAAGGCUGGCAAAUGUUCUUCGUGGCUGGUAGGUUUCUACCUGUGCUGCAGCCAAGCGUGACAUUAAUUAGCAGUCUUGCACCGAUAGAUUAAUUAAU